AUGCCUCGCCAACAACGUCGUGCCGCCCCUACCCCCGCGCGCAGCGCGCCCACUCGCCCUACCGCUGCCCCUGCCCGUCCCGCGGCCGCUCCCCAGCACCAACAGCAGGCACCUCACUCGACUGCCGCGGCUCCUCCCCAGCAGAUGCAUGCUCCUCCCCAGCAAAGCGCUGGCCCCGGCCUCUUCGGCCAGAUGGCUUCCACUGCUGCCGGUGUCGCUAUCGGUUCUUCCGUCGGCCACGCCAUCGGUGGUCUCUUCUCCGGUGGUGGCUCCAGUGCCCCCGCUGAGCCUCAGCAGGCCGCUCCCGCCCAGGCCAUGGACAACGGUCUGUGGCAGGGCAGCGCCAACCAGGCGCAGUACGAGAACCCCGCUUGCGCCAACGACGUCCGCAACUUCCGCAACUGCAUGGAUGAGAACCAGGGCCAAAUCAGCAUUUGCGGUUGGUACCUUGACCAGCUGAAGGCUUGCCAGGCCGCCGCUAAGCCGUACUAA